GGAGGAGGAGGCAGAGGAGGAGGAGGAGGAAGAGGACGAGAGGAGAGGAAAGGAGGGAAGGUGGUGGUGGUGGGGAAGAUGUUCGCCUCGGUGGGCCCUCGGGGCGGCCCGCGCCCAGCGGUCCCCGCAGCCAUCCCGGAGCCGGACCUGAGCCAUCUGACGGAGGACGAGAGGAAGAUCAUCAUGGCUGUGCUGGCUCGGCAACGAGAGGAGGAGGCGAAGGAGGAGGCCAUGUUAAAAGAAGAAAAGCCUAUCCAAGCACGAACGGUGAACCUGGUGGGGCAGAAGAAACCUCCACAGCAAAAUGACGUCAGAGGCAUCCAGCAGCAGUUGUCCAGCUACAGGGAGACGGUGAUCCGACAGGCCUCGGUGGCGGCAGGUUCGACCGUUCACCGGGACGACGCCCCGACCUGUGGCAUCUGCCGCAAGACCAAGUUUGCGGACGGCUGCGGGAACCUGUGCUCGUACUGCCAGACCAAGUUCUGCGCCCGAUGUGGAGGACGAGUGUCUCUGCGAUCCAACACGCAGGACAAAGUGGUGAUCUGGGUGUGUAAUAACUGCCGAAAGCAGCAAGAAAUCCUCACCAAACCUGGUGAUUGGUUCACCACUCCUUCUGGAAAGCCCACCGGCCUCGGCUCAGCCGUCAGUGAACCAUCCGUGUGCCAAACGUCCGGCGAUAAGAAACUCCGGUCUCGCUCCCAAGCGCCAUCCGACUCCACCACCGCGAUCCAAGACCCCAACCGACUCAGUGGGACCGGCACCACACCUGGAAACGACAACCGGUCACGUAGCGAACCACCACGAGACACGAGAAAUGGACGGGGAGGUGGAGGAGCUGGUCGAGGAGAGCGGAGGCCGGGUCAACCCAAGCUGCAGACCCAGGUGUCCAUGGACCGGAACCUGCGGGGGGAGUCCAGGGAGCGCAGGGAGAGCCGGCGACUGACAAAGGGACGCUCUCUGGAGCACGAUCCUGUGGUUGGAGGUGGUAGUUUGAGGCGGACAGAGGAAGGGGGCUACCACAACGUGGACCACAACGGUGCCACCCCUUGCCAAGCAGGGCUGGUCCCUCAUGGAGGCAGAGGACACCCUGUGCCCAUGCAAGGUCGCGGCAUGGGCGUAGUAGGGGAUGGUGUUCGGCCCGGUCAGAGGACGGUGGGUGGGAUUGGUGGGCUACAUGAACACACCCUUUCUGAGCAAGCCCCUCCCUCUGAACUUAGAGAGCUAACAGGUUCAGGACCUGGUUCAGCCGCUGGCCAGGGACCUGUAGUGAAGCGGACCAAACGGGAUAAGUCUGAGAGCAUGCUACGCAAUGAUUCGCUCAGCUCUGACCAGUCGGAAUCUCUGCGGCCGCCACCACCGAGGCCCUACAAGUCAAAACGGGGGCUGGGCGCUGGAGGGAAGAGGCAAACAAGUGUGAGCAGUUCUGAGGAGGAAGGAGGGACCACGCCCGAGUACAGCAGCUGCGAGGACGCCGAGAUCGAAAGUGUCAGCGAGAGAGGUGACUGGGAGUGUUACCCGCAUGACCCCACCGUAUGGCACCAUCCUGUGACCUGGCAGCCGUCCAAGGAGGGAGACCAUCUGAUCGGCCGAAUCACCCUGAGCAAGAGGAGCGCUGCGAUGCCUAAAGAAGCUGGGGCUCUGCUGGGGUUAAAGGUGGUGGGGGGCAGAGUAACGGAGUCAGGGAGAUUAGGUGCCUUCAUCACGAAAGUCAAAAAGGGCAGCUUGGCUGACGUGGUGGGACAUCUAAGAGCAGGGGAUGAGGUUUUGCAAUGGAACGGAAAGUUGUUACCUGGCGCGACUAUGAAGGAAGUUUACAACAUCAUCCUCGAGUCUCAGGCCGAGCCUCAAGUGGAGCUGGUGGUAUCCAGACCUAUAGGGGUGUGUAGAAAAUAUCAUGAUAUCCCAAGAAUCCCCGACACAUCCCACCCUCCAUUAGAAUCUACAGGUUCCAGUUCUUUUGAGUCACAGAAGAUGGAGAGACCAUCCUUAAAUGUCCUGUCUCCCUCCAGUCCCGGGAUGCUCCAAGACGCUCCGCAGUUAAUGCCAGGGCAGCUCUCAGUGAAGCUGUGGUACGACAAAGUGGGUCACCAGCUAAUAGUCAACGUGAUGCAGGCUGUAGAUCUUCCGCUUCGACCGGAUGGGCGGCCUCGGAGCCCCUACGUCAAAAUGUACUUCCUGCCUGACCGCAGCGACAAGAGCAAGCGGAGGACGAAAGCCGUGAAGAAGACCUGCGAGCCCAAGUGGAACCAGACGUUCGUCUACCCUCACGUCCACCGCAGGGACUUCCGCAACCACAUGCUGGAGCUGACGCUGUGGGACCAGCCCAGAUCACCGGAGGAGGACAGCAUCUUCAUGGGAGAGAUCCUCAUAGAGCUGGAGACGGCGUUACUGGACGACAAGCCUCACUGGUACCCACUACAAACCCACGAUGUCUCAUCCAUACCGCUGCCCCAACCGUCCCCGUACCUGCCCCGACGUCACACUCACACAGAAACACCCGGCAAGAAGCUGCAGCGUUCACAGCGUGUAACAGAGCCUGAAUUUGAUGAGGGUACAGCAGUAGUGUCUAAAGCAGCGGAUGGGCGUGGCAGGGAGAGGCAGCGGGAGCCCUCGUCGACGCUGGAGGUGCCGGAUCAGCAGAGGACGCCAUCGCAUCACGUACGAUCCCGCUCCGUCUCCCCGAAGCGCGAGGAGCAGGGACGAAUCCGAUCCCGGCCUCCCAACGUUCCCACGCAGAGGAGUUUGGACGACGAGCUUCCUCACAGUCGCCGCUCUCGUUCUCCAGCCCGCUUCUACGACUCUGCCAGAGGUCGCCACCAGGAGGAGGAGUACCUGGACGACAGUGAGAUCAUCAUGAUCCACCAGUCAAUGCGAGGCAAAAGUGCCGAGUGCCUCCACACCAGGAGAUCUACUAAGCACAGUAACACUUUGCCACCCAAGAUGCCACUUUUGUUCAACGGCAUCCACAAACACACAAACAGUUCCACGCUGCCUGCAUGUCGAAAGACGAGCGCUGUCACAAAAUCGCACGUAGUCAAUGCAAAGCGUCAUUCCGUCACGCAACGGGUUGUAAUGUUCAGAGAUGAGGUGACAGUUAGUGAUCUUCAGCCGUCUCUGGACAGGGUUAGAAGUGCUAGUGCCAACUGUCUGACUCCAGACAAUCAUGCCCCCUCACCAGAGACUGACAGAAAAUCAUUGUCACGUACGCUGCCGCGGAGACGUCCGGCGAGUCCCAGGAUUCUUAUUCAACAUGCUUCCCCUGAAGAUGACAGACAGCCUGGGACCUUGGAAACACCUGAAUGUCAGACUCUUGGCAGGAAGCUCUCUGACAGUGGCAGGGGCCACCUCCAAGGUGGUGCGUCUCUUUCCUCCUCAGUGACGUCCUCCUCAGCUCGCAAAGUGAGGCAGCUCCCGCAGCUUCCCCCCAAGAGCAGCACUGUAGAACAAGCCCUGGUAGCAGAGGAGCGUGUCCGUCAGCUCCAGAUGAGGGUGCAUUCCAACCGGGUGUCGGCUGCCUCCACGUCCAGCCAACAGGACCUGGACAGAGCCCUCAAGAACAAACGCGAGCUCUACAAAGAUCAGAGGAGGAGCAGUGAAAACGUUUCCCAUAAGUCCUCAGACAGUGAUGUCAGCGACGUGUCAGCCAUCUCUCGAACCAGCAGUGCCUCUCGCAUCAGUAGCACCAGCUACAUGUCCAUCCAGUCAGAGAGACCCCGGGGACGCUUCAGUCGGGCCAUGCGCGCAACGGGCCGCCACAUGAUGAAAAGCACCAGCGUGAGUGGUGAGAUCUACGGCAUGGAGCACACCGACGGCAGCCAGUCAGACACCGCACUGGGAAGCCUGGGGAGCGGGAUCAAGAAGCGGCGCUCGAGCCUCAGCCAGCGCGUCGUCGCCAUCCUCCCAUCCAGACGCAGCCGAAGUACCUCGCAAUUGAGCCAGACAGAAGCGGCGGGUAAGGCGGUGGACAGACAGAAAGAGGCGUCAACAGGUAAGAAAGGCAAAGGCAGCAGCAGCAUCCAGAGGAGUGUGGAGACGGGAAUGGCGGUGGAGUAUCCUCGAGGAGGCUCAGCCAUGAACCGGCAGGCCAGCAGAGAGUCCACUGACGGCAGCAUGAACAGCUACAGCUCUGAGGGGAAUCUGAUCUUCUCAGGGAUGCGGUUGGGUGCUGACAGUCAGUUCAGUGACUUCCUGGAUGGUUUAGGCCCUGGUCAGCUGGUGGGCCGGCAAACGCUGGCAACACCUGCCAUGGGUGAUGUCCAGAUUGGUCUGAUGGAUAAGAAAGGCCAGCUGGAGGUGGAGGUGAUCAGGGCACGAGGCCUUACCCCCAAACCAGGCUCCAAAUCCCUCCCAGCUCCCUACGUGAAGGUGUAUCUUCUGGAUAAUGGAACAUGUAAAGCCAAAAAGAAAACCAAGAUUGCACGAAAGACUCUGGAGCCUCUCUACCAGCAGCACUUGCUCUUCGAGGAGAGUCCGCAGGGCAAAGUGCUUCAGGUGAUAGUAUGGGGUGACUACGGACGAUUGGACCACAAAUGUUUCAUGGGUGUAGCACAGAUCCUGUUGGAGGAACUGGACCUCUCAAGCACGGUGAUCGGCUGGUACAAACUGUUUCCGCCAUCGUCAUUGGUGGACCCUACAUUAGCUCCACUUACACGACUGGCAUCUCAGACGUCAUUGGACAGCUCAGGACCGCCGCCAGGCGUUCGGUCCUAGUGACCGGAUAGCGAUUCGCAAAACCCCCCAGCCCCCCACACAACACCCCUUAAAAUUACAAAACAAUGGACCACAUGCUACUGGACCACAGCUGAGCCGAGGGCGAGAUCCCAAACCACGAGAACAAACAUGAAAAGCCCUCGGUGAACCAGUGAAAAGCCAGACGGAGAGACAGGGAAUGAGAGAGAGAAAGAGAGAAGGAGAGACAGAACUAGCCAAUCAAAGCUUAGCUGGAGUCUGACAAUCAUGUCUCACACCUUCCCUCUUCCCCCUCCUUACACCGUUUUGUUUCAAGAGCUUUGCUUUGCUUUGUUUUCUCCUCUGAACCCACAGUGGUAGAGAUUUCUGUCCAACAUUCUCUCUACUGUUUCCUUUCUAUUUCUUUCUUUCUUUCUUUUCGUCUAACCUUUUUGCGCAGCCCCUAUCAGAACGCUCAAUCCAAGUAGAGUCCUCCUCCUCCAGCCACGGUAGCGCCCCGGCCAAUCAGAGUAGAGCGUACUGCGAGGUCACAGGGACGAGGAGUCUAAACAAUGUGUGGGUUGUUAGUUAGUAGCAAAACGGAUACAGCGUUGUGCUGCUGUACUGUUACCGUAGUAACAAGUGUUGUAGACGAGCACGAGGGGUAGAGGUCUGGCACAGUUUGGUGGCCCCUUCAAACGUGAAGGGCAGCCUGCACAUGCACGUGCACAUUCUUAGCCUUGUUGUGAGAUAGAUACGAAAGCAAGCACAAGAAACGGUCGACUCCUUUAUGCGGAGAAACUGAAAGUUAAAGAAAACACAGGCCAAAUUAAAGGGGAUAUAUGUGAAAUAUGUACGGCGGCGACAUUUGAAAUGGUUACUACAAUCCCGAGUACAAUAUGUUAGAACGUAGUUGCCACAACACGAAAACACUGAGCUGAACGAACACCUAGCCUUGCACUGUGUGUGUGCACAAACCCAACUGUCCCAUUAUCACAUGACAAAAAGAGACAACAAUAACGAGCCGUAAAAAUGCUACAUAAUUUAAAUAUCCACCAACAACAUAUACAAGAUGUUAGCUAACCUUGGAUAUCUUGGGAAUCUCCACGGCUGACUCUUUUUCUUGGCCCCUGGUCAAGACCUUUUUUAGUGAGGUACUGAGGGUUUCUAGGUUUGGUAACGUUCGGAAAUAUCUGACCCAAAGCCUCUGAAAUGCAGCUCAUUGUGUUUGACGUAUGUCGAGAUCAGACUACGCAAUUUUUUUGUCUUUCACGAUGGUCAUUGUGUCAGAUUAUCAAUCAGAGUGGCCGUGGCAACACUUCAAAUUUGAUCCUCAACCAACCAGCGAAAAAAAGGAUUGUAGACCCAUUCCUGGGUGUCACAAAGAGGACGGUAUGGACUAUUUGUCCUUUAGAGAGAACUUGGAAGAUAACUUCUCUUCACCAUGUGAAGCACUGUUACCCUAUUGGUCCAGGAGCACAGGAGUCAGGAAAAUGGAAAGAAUUAGAAUUAGAAUUAGAAAACUAUAUUCAUUCAUUCAUACAAUUUGAACAUGCCAGACGUUGUGGAGUCUGCCAGACACCAAAUCUCUGUUCUCCAAUUAUGUUACACUACAUGUCUGUUCAUCACUCCCGUCGUUUAUAAUUUGGUCAAGACCAAAUCACUUGAAAAUCAGCAAGGAGUUAUCAAUCAUGGCUAUAGAUGCGUUGGUCCCAUUCCUGGGCGUCACGAAGAGGACACUAUGGACUGUUUCUCCUCCUUCUCCUACUUGAAAAUCGGCGUAAAUUUGCAUAGUCUGAUCCCGACAAUACUCUCGGCGGCUACAAACCGCGACCAAAACGUAAGUGUCACAAGUCUGUGUCUCUGAUGACACAUGGCAUCAUGUUGCUAUGAUACAUUUCUUACAUAUAUCCCCUUUAACUAUUUGCUUAUUGAAAAAUCUUGACUCGUUUUAUUUCUUUGUCUUUUUCGUUGUUUUUGCGUGAAAGUUCAGACUGGUACCAUACGGUGCAGACUCCCUCUUGUUUUUGUGUACGUUUCAUUGUUUUCCGAGCGACGGUGUCAAAGGCCGUCAACAACGGUCUCGCUACAAUCACCCGAACAAUCUCCACCCAGUCCCCUCCCCCACCCCUCCACGACCCCCCCCCCCAAACCCUCUAUCUCCCCCUGUAGGAGGGAGCAGCAUGACUCGGGAAAUCCCGCGACCCCCCAGCCCCCCAAGCUGCAUGCACGUUUCUUUUCGUUCUGUUCGUUCUCUCUCUCUCUUAUUUUUUUGGUUCGUUUUCUAUUUCCGUUUUUACUCUCUCUUUUUUCUUUCUUUGUUUGUUUCGUUUUUGUUUUGUUUUGUAAAACUCGAAGAUGAGACAAAAAUUCAAAACAGAACAAAUUAUCAGAAAAAAAAACAGAAAACAGAAAAAAGACUAGAAUAUGUGUGUUAGUUCCACAUACUUUUAGGCCAGCUUGUAUGUUGCAUGUUCUUGUACAGUUUGCUCGUACUGAAUAUGAAUACAAACCGAGAAAAGCCAAGCCAUCCCCACCCCCUAGCAGGAGCGGACCAAUGGGGAAAGGGGGGCAACUCCACCUAGGCCACGCCUACCACUCUGGGUCUAAAUAUCCAUAUUAGGGUGAAAAAAACGGAUUAUUUUGAUUGCGUUUUUUUUUUUUUUAUGUUGGAACCCUUUUGAAACAACAACAACAACAGUGCUGUUUUGUAGUACUAAUUCUACUCGAGCCCCUGGCGUCUCCGAGGAUGUAAAACUGUAGUCGGGGCUAGAGACCGAGAUAGAGAAUGUGUGUAUAACAGCUAAAUGUAUAUGAAGUAUCCUUAUGAGUUUGACAGAAAUGAUAAAGAUAUAGAUAUAUGAAUUAUAAAAAAAGAAAAAAAGAAAAGAGUGUAUGACUGCACACCAGUCACCGACACACACACACACGUGCACGCACACACACACGCGACACCUUGUACAUACAAAUCAGGACGAGCGGCGCGAGUAGAGUUUGAAGAUUUGAACAAAUAGAUAAAUAAAUGAUUUAAACAAAAAAGGGGGGGGGAAAAAAAGGAAAGAAACACACAAACAUUCCUGGUCUUGUUGAGGGGGAAGUCGACGUCCUGUGCUCGAGCUGCUGAGCGGCGUCGAGCCACAGGGGGGCACUCAAAAGGCCUUUAUUUUUGUCCCCUCCACCGUCAGAAGAAAAACUAGCAGAAACCAAUUAGAACAAAAGUUUAAUUUCUUCUCCUCAAACUCCUUCCCCACCACCACCGCACCCCCCUCCCCGCACUUUCACCCCCUGUUUAUUACUAUUGGUUUGGACUGGACUUCUGAAACCAAUGAGGUUUUUUGCAAAACAUAUUUUUGCGGAUGCUUUUGUUGAAAACCCGCGGCGGUGUGGCCGACUGCCUUUUCCUUUGUCAGUAUUACUCCAGGGAUACUGAUUGUUUACAGCCCGUGGCUCCUCCCCCACGCCCCGCCCCCGCCCCCCACACUCCCAAAAUAACCACGAUUCUAGACGAAAGACGAAGUAUUCACUGCAACAGUUCUUGUUUGUAUAACAGAUGUGGCUCUACUGAUGUGUAUGUUUUAUAUUCAAGAGUUCAUUUUUAUUAUUUACAAAUAAAAGAGUGUGUGGAAGAAGACGAUCAUGGCUUUUUCAAACAGA